CGAUUAGAUAGCAUUCCAGCAACGACGACGACAACGACGACGACAAUAUCAACAUCCACCAUUCACAUUCCACAUCUGACAGCUGAAUAGUCCUGGCAGCACAGGUCACAUCCCUCCAGAAGCCUCCACAUGUCAGGCGCUCGCAACACGUCGGGUAAAUUCUCCCUCGGAUCGUUUGGAAGGAAAGUCUCAGGCCUUGGGGAUGGACAGACUUCACCAGCUCGCACGACCCAUGGCGGAGGGCAUAAUCAUGAAUACAGUGACGAUGCUUCGCCAUCCAGUGGCGGAGCUGGAGCUGGGUUCGAUGGACUAGGCAAGAAGUUGGGCAAAAGUAUAGCUCAUCAGAGCUUGCUUCCUGGACUAGGCAAUCAAGAUCUACGGGCAUUGCAAGACAUCAUCACCACAGAGAAGGGCGUUCUUCAAGCUGCUGAUAAGAUUGGUCAGGAGACUGCCAAAGCUGCGGCUGCGCUCCCGCCAUAUGGAUCCGAUGAGGGACCUGAUCUUCAAGACGUCCUCACUCAGUCCUCUACUCUCCUCGGACAAGUCGCCAAUGCGUUUGCGGUGUAUACCGAGCAUUCCAUCUCCAUCAGAGGAUGCUUCAAGCGAAUCCGAGAGAAAGAAGAGGGAUUGGAAGAGUUGAGGAGGAGGAGAAAGACCACUGGGAACAAAGCGGAGACGGCUGAGAAGAAAUUGGCCAAGAUGGGUCCGGAGAACAAGGCAUUGCCUCAGCAGACGGAGCUAUUGGAUAGACUGAGGACAGAGAUCAGACAGCUCGACUCGGAUAUCGUCGUCGAAGAGUCCAAAGUUGGGGAUUUUAAGCGACAAAUGGUGAAGGAAGCCAUGUCGUACAAGUUUGGUGGACUCGAAGAGCUCGGGGAGAAACUGUGCAUCGUUGGCGAGCUUGGAAAAUUGCUCAUCGAGGAAGUACCCUUGGAGGAGACUCCACCUGGCUACGGCAGAGCCCCAUACUCGGGGUACAAUAAGACGGAGAACGCAGUCAACGAAGCCAACAAAUGCCUCGCUUCGGUCAAAUUUUCUGCCGGCUCCGUCGGCCCCAAACCACCUGGCUUGCCCCCUCAUCACCCGAUCGGCUCGCUUCAUGGACACUCACCUGAUCCAGGGCAUGUCGCCGCGGCUGAGCAGUUCGAACAUCCUCACUCUCCAAAUGACCCUAUGCACCAACCCGUUGACUUCAAAGGGAAAGGUCGAGAUUUCAGUCUGGACGAAGCGAACCCCUAUGGCGGCUUCGACAAUCCUUACGAUCGAGGUACCGGUCGAUACCCUCGGACCGACCAAGGUGCCACGCCCAACGAAGCAUCUAACCAAGGCGGACAAGUCUUCUGGCAAGGCCCCACAGAGGAGGCUUUAAAGGCACAUUCAGCUCAACAGGAAAGCGGACAUGAUUACGAGUACGAUCAGCAACGUCAAAUGGAUGCAGAACAUGCCGCUUGGCAAGGCGGAAAUGUUCCUCAAGUGCCGGUUGUUCAGGAACCCACACCAGAGGCUGGUCACCCACAAACGGAAGAAUCGGUUCCUGUACUUGGAGCGCCAGCAUCUGAAUACAAUGUUCAAGAGCAAAUUUCCAACUUGCCGCCAGGCGCAGCAGCGGCUUCGACACUCCAACGACCUUGGGAGCCGCUCAAUGUCCGCAAAGAUCGUGCCCAUUCACCCACGCCCGUCACGCUACAGGAUGGUCCCGCACCUCCAGCUGAAGACAGUCAGGAGUCUAGACCUCGACCUGUCAGCCAGGACCCUCUAAGCGGGAUCGGAGCUCUGAUGACGUCGACCGACAUCGAUGAGCAUGAUCAUCAUGAAUCCAUUCCCGAGCCAAAACCGGAGCAGCGGUCAAGUCUUGAGGCACAUCGCAUCCCUGCCCCGCCAUCUGACUCAGGCAGUCGAGCCGGUUUCCACACACCAGCUGGAGGAGAAGCGCAAGAGGGUGGAAACGCAGAAUACUUCCCUACCCCUAGUCAGCUCCCCGUUCCUCCUCGGAUCGGUUCCCCGGCACGAUCAUCUUCACCUCUUCCUCGCUCUUCUUCCCCUGCGCCAUCUCAUUCUCAACAAGGCAGCAUCACGUCACCCAUCGCUGCUUCUUAUGCACCGACUACUGGCGGUGGCAAGAUCUCUGCAGCCGCAUUUAGAAGGCCCAAACCGAGAACUUCCGAUGAGGUAUCUCGAGCAGACGAUUCACCCAUCAGUCCAACAUAUGCCAAUGGAAACACGGCGUUCCCUUCAUCAUCCACUGCAAGCCCAGGACGAAGACUUCCAGUCCCACCGGGAGCUCAGUCUAACGGUGGAGGAACCGGGAUCGGUAUGGGUAUCCCACCCGCUAGUCCCUCGGCUCUCCCGCCAGUCGUAGCGGCCGGACUACCCGUUGCCGGGGGACCAGAAACGCCCAUCGAGGCUAAUUUUGCUUUGCCCGCUUCGCCACCUCAGGUCUCGACGUCCCGAUUAGACCCCAGACAUUCGGGCAACUUUGCAGAUGUUCAGGGGGAAAGCAGCCCUCCACCAACAUACCACGAUGAGAGCUUGAGGUAGGAAGGGGAUGUAGCUAGGUGAUCGGAUCUGAUGCGGCGAUUUGGAGUACGCGUCAUAGAUGCAUUGAUAAUAUAUCCUUCCACCGUCUUCUUCAUUUGUCGAUGAGCCCCA